AUGGCCAUCGGGUCUCUCGUCGCAGCCGCGUCCAGGUCCAGCCGCCACGCCCUCGCCUCCGCCGCCAUCUCCCAGGUCCGGCUUACAGGGCGCGCCAGCACGCCGGAGUGCCUCCUCUGCUCUCGCGGCUUGCACCACUCGCCCGCGCCUUCAGCUCAAGCCCUGCAGCAGCCGAUGUCGAUUCAGAUCUCCCUGUCAUGGAAGUGCAGGAAACGGCGGGUGGGCAAAAAGGCCAAGGGCGCGAAAAGCGGAAAAGCCAUGAUGUUCCCACUCCAUUUCCACUAUGAAGAUGUGUUGCGUGAGGAUCUGUUGCUCAAACUGAACCACACCAACACCAUGGAGGUCCCUGGGUUGUUUGAGAUCCGACUGGUGCCCAAGUCUACCACCGGUGCCAAAAUCCAGUUUGGGAAACUGGCCAUGGAGAUUCUGUGCGGCCAGAGGUGCAUACAGGCAGAACUGCCUGCCCAUCUGAAAGGGAAGGCGACCAACGCAUACCUGGGGUCCCAGAAAGACGCCGUGUCCCUGAGGCAGAGCAUCAUCCGAGGGCACGGGAUGUACAACUUCCUGGUCAGGGUCCUGACGGUGAUGUCUAUGCUGGACUCCAAGGUGGCGAUCGAGCAGGGGAACUGCGUAAAGUUCUUCAUGGCCACGGAGUUCUGCGAGUUCUCCCCCGAGAUAGAGGACCACUUUGAGAUCUUUGAGACCAUCGGAGGGUUCAACGUGACCAUCGUCACCACGGCCUGCUCGAAGGAGGAGACCUCGCUGCUGUGGAGCGGCUUCUUGCUCAAGGAUGAAGGUGAGAUCAGCUAA